UCAGAGCAUGGAUUAGCCUUUUCCCCCAGGCUCCAGACUCAAAUAAAUUCUGCCUUUUAAAGUCACUAGUGUACGGCAUAUGACUCAGCAGCAGAAACCAGCUACGAACUACUCGGCUUUGCUACUCUCCCUCCGGCAAUGACUUUCAUUGCUAGGUUCGAGGCCUUCACUCUCUUACAGGUGACAGUGACGGAUGGUGGUUCUUCUCCAAAACAGUCCACCAUUUGGGUGGUAGUUCAGGUUCUGGAUGAAAAUGACAACAAGCCCCAGUUCCCUGAGAAGGUCUACCAGAUCAAGCUUCCAGAACGUGACCGCAAGAAGAGGGGAGAGCCUAUUUACAGGGCUUUUGCGUUUGACCGAGAUGAAGGCCCCAAUGCAGAAAUCUCCUACAGUAUUGUGGAUGGGAAUGAUGAUGGAAAGUUCUUUAUUGACCCUAAAACUGGCAUGGUCUCUUCCAGAAAGCAAUUCACAGCAGGAAGUUAUGACAUCCUGACGAUCAAGGCUGUGGACAAUGGCCGACCACAGAAGUCCUCCACGGCCCGCCUCCAUAUUGAGUGGAUUAAGAAGCCCCCACCUUCACCUAUACCAUUGACAUUCGAUGAACCGUUUUACAACUUCACCGUCAUGGAAAGUGACAAAGUCACAGAGAUCGUAGGGGUGGUGUCUGUGCAGCCAGCUAAUACCCCUCUGUGGUUUGACAUUGUUGGGGGGAAUUUUGACAGCUCUUUUGAUGCAGAGAAGGGUGUUGGGACAAUUGUCAUUGCCAAACCUUUGGAUGCAGAGCAAAGGUCGGUCUACAACAUGAGCGUGGAAGUCACCGAUGGAACAAAUGUUGCUGUCACUCAGGUAUUUAUCAAAGUGCUGGAUAAUAAUGAUAAUGGCCCAGAAUUCUCCCAGCCACAUUAUGAAGUGACAAUUUCUGAGGAUGUGCUUCCUGAUACAGAGAUACUGCAGAUUGAGGCCACAGACCGAGAUGAGAAGCAUAAGCUGAGCUACACCAUCCACAGUAGCAUUGAUGCCAUCAGCAUGAGGAAGUUCCGGAUAGACCCCAGCACAGGUGUGCUCUACACUGCUGAAAGGCUGGAUCAUGAGGCCCAGGACAAGCACAUCCUCAACAUAAUGGUCAGAGAUCAGGAAUUUCCUUACCGAAGAAACUUGGCCCGAGUCAUUGUGAACGUGGAGGAUGCUAACGAUCACAGCCCUUACUUUACCAAUCCACUGUAUGAAGCAUCGGUGUUCGAAUCAGCUGCUCUGGGAUCAGUUGUUCUGCAAGUGACAGCUCUGGACAAAGACAAAGGGGAAAAUGCAGAGCUCAUAUAUUCCAUAGAAGCAGGGAACACGGGGAACACGUUCAAGAUUGAACCAGUCCUGGGCCUCAUCACCAUCACCAAAGAGCCAGACAUGACAGCCAUGGGUCAGUUUGUCCUGUCAGUUAAAGUCACAGAUCAAGGCUCUCCACCAAUGUCUGCCACUGCAAUUGUGCGUAUCUCCAUCAGCAUGUCUGAUAACUCCCAUCCCAAGUUCACUCACAAAGACUACCAAGCUGAAGUAAAUGAAAAUGUUGAUAUUGGAACUUCUGUCAUCCUGAUCUCGGCCAUCAGCCAGUCAACCCUCAUUUAUGAAGUCAAAGAUGGAAACAUCAAUGGAGUCUUUACCAUAAAUCCAUAUUCUGGAGUCAUCACAACUCGGAGAGCUCUGGAUUAUGAACAGACCUCUGCCUAUCAACUCAUCAUUCAGGCCACUAACAUGGCAGGCAUGGCUUCCAAUGCCACUGUCAGCAUUCAGAUUGUGGAUGAAAAUGAUAACCCCCCAGUGUUCCUCUUCUCUCAAUACUCAGGUAGCCUGAGUGAGGCUGCCCCCAUCAACAGCAUUGUCAGGAGCCUAGACAGUAGCCCAUUGGUGAUCCGAGCCACCGAUGCGGACAGUAACCAAAAUGCAUUACUGGUAUAUCAGAUUGUGGAGUCCACAGCCAAGAAGUUCUUCACAGUGGACUCCAGCACAGGGGCCAUCAGAACAAUUGCCAACCUGGACCACGAAGCCAUUGCACAUUUCCAUUUCCACGUGCAUGUGAGAGACAGCGGGAGCCCCCAGCUGACUGCAGAGAGCCCUGUUGAAGUCCACAUUGAGGUAACAGAUGUGAAUGACAACCCACCGGUGUUCACCCAGGCUGUGUUUGAGACUGUCUUACUUCUCCCCACCUAUGUCGGUGUGGAGGUUCUGAAGGUGAGUGCCACAGACCCUGACUCCGAGGUACCCCCUGAACUGACCUAUAGCCUCAUGGAAGGGAGUGUGGAUCAUUUUCUAAUGGACCCAAAUAGUGGAGUGCUCACCAUAAAAAACAAUAAUCUCUCCAAAGAUCACUACAUGCUGAUAGUCAAAGUAUCUGAUGGGAAGUUCUAUAGUACUGCCAUGGUUACCAUCAUGGUUAAAGAAGCCAUGGACAGUGGCCUCCACUUCACACAAAGCUUUUAUUCCACCUCCAUCUCAGAGAACAGCACAAAUAUAACCAAAGUUGCUAUUGUCAAUGCAGUUGGAAACCGCCUUAAUGAGCCCUUGAAAUAUAGCAUCUUAAACCCAGGAAAUAAAUUUCAGAUAAAAUCUACCUCAGGAGUCAUUCAGACCACAGGAGUACCCUUUGACCGUGAAGAACAGGAGUUAUAUGAGUUGGUGGUAGAAGCCAGUCGUGAGCUGGACCAUUUGCGUGUGGCGAGGGUGGUAGUCAGGGUUAAUAUUGAAGAUGUGAAUGACAACUCUCCUGUCUUUGUGGGCCUCCCUUACUAUGCUGCUGUGCAAGUUGAUGCUGAGCCAGGGACUCUGAUAUACCGGGUGACAGCCAUCGACAAAGAUAAAGGUGCCAAUGGAGAAGUGACCUACAUCUUGCAGGAUGACUAUGGCCACUUUGAAAUUAACCCUAAUUCAGGGAAUGUGAUUUUAAAAGAAGCAUUCAACUCAGACCUCUCCAACAUUGACUAUGGAGUCACCAUCCUCGCCAAGGAUGGUGGCGAUCCAUCUCUAUCCAAAUCAGUGGAACUUCCUAUCACCAUUGUUAACAAAGCAAUGCCUGUGUUUGAUAAGCCCUUUUAUACAGCAUCAAUCAAUGAAGAUGUCACAAUGGACACCCCCAUUCUCAGUAUCAAUGCCACCAGCCCAGAAGGCCAGGGCAUCAUAUACCUCAUCAUUGAUGGGGAUCCCUUCCAACAGUUUAACAUUGACUUUGACACAGGGGUCCUGAAAGUCAUUAGUCCUUUGGAUUAUGAAGUCACAUCUGUUUACAAGUUGACAGUGAGAGCCAGUGAUGCUCUUACAGGUGCCAGGGCUGAAGUCACUGUGGAUGUGCUGGUGGAUGACGUCAAUGAUAACGCUCCUGUUUUCGAUCAGCCCACCUACAACACAACACUAUCUGAAGCAUCUCUCAUUGGAACCCCUGUUCUGCAACUUGUCUCAACGGAUGCAGACUCAGGAAACAACAAGCUGGUGCACUAUCAGAUUGUCCAGGAUACCUACAACAGCACAGAUUACUUUCACAUAGACAGCUCCAGUGGCUUAAUCCUGACAGCGAGGAUGCUAGACCACGAGCUGGUGCAACACUGCACCUUGAAAGUCACAGCAACUGAUAAUGGUUUCCCACCCAUGAGCAGCGAAGUCCUGGUUCACAUCUACAUAUCUGAUGUCAAUGACAACCCCCCAGUUUUUAAUCAGCUCAUUUAUGAGUCCUAUGUGAGUGAAUUAGCCCCCCGGGGCCAUUUUGUAACCUGUGUGCAAGCCUCAGAUGCAGACAGCUCUGACUUUGACCGGUUGGAAUACAGCAUUUUAUCUGGGAAUGACCGAACAAGCUUUCUGAUGGACAGCAAGAGUGGAGUCCUCACACUGUCUAGCCACAGGAAGCAGCGCAUGGAGCCUCUGUACAGUCUUAAUGUGUCUGUGUCUGAUGGGCUGUUUACCAGCACUGCCCAGGUGCACAUCAGAGUCCUUGGGGCUAACUUGUACAGCCCAGCCUUUUCACAAAGCACAUAUGUAGCUGAGGUAAGAGAGAAUGCAGCUUCUGGGACAAAGGUCAUUCAUGUCCCAGCCACAGAUGGGGAUCCAGGAACAUAUGGACAGAUCAGCUAUUCCAUCAUUAAUGACUUUGCCAAGGAUCGAUUCCUCAUAGACAGCAAUGGACAGAUCAUCACAACAGAAAGACUAGACCGUGAAAACCCUCUGGAAGGAGAUAUUAGUAUUUACCUGAGGGCCCUGGAUGGAGGGGGAAGGACAACAUUCUGCACCGUGCGGGUGAUUGUGGUGGAUGAGAAUGACAAUGCCCCUCAGUUCCUGACGGUGGAGUACAGGGCCAGCGUCAGGGCUGAUGUAGGAAGGGGCCACUUAGUUACUCAAGUUCAAGCUUUGGAUCCAGAUGAUGGAGCAAAUUCUAGGAUUACAUAUUCUCUCUACAGCGAGGCCUCGGUCUCAGUGGCUGACCUCUUGGAAAUUGAUCCUGAUAAUGGCUGGAUGGUGACCAAGGGCAAUUUUAACCAACUGAAAAAUACGGUGCUGUCCUUCUUCGUGAAGGCAGUAGAUGGUGGCAUCCCAGUCAGGCACUCCCUCAUUCCUGUCUACAUCCACGUCCUGCCCCCUGAAACAUUCCUGCCUUCAUUCACCCAGUCACAGUACUCCUUUACCAUGGCAGAAGAUACAGCCAUUGGAAGCACAGUGGACACCCUGAGGAUUCUGCCCAAUCAGAGUGUCCGGUUCAGCACAGUUAAUGGAGAACGGCCAGAGAAUAACAAAGAGGGUGUCUUUAUCAUAGAACAAGAGACAGGCGCUAUCAAGCUCGACAAGCGCCUUGACCAUGAAGUCAGCCCAGCUUUCCACUUUAAAGUAGCAGCUACUAUACCGCUGGACAAGGUGGACAUUGUAUUCACUGUGGAUGUAGAUGUCAAGGUAUUGGAUCUGAAUGACAACAAGCCAAUCUUUGAAACAUCAAGCUACGAGACAAUCAUAAUGGAGGGAAUGCCUGUCGGCACCAAGCUUGCCCAGGUGAGAGCCAUAGACAUGGAUUGGGGAGCCAAUGGGCAGGUCACUUACUCCCUACACUCAGAUUCCCAUCUCGAAAAGGUAAUGGAAGCAUUCAAUAUUGAUAGCAACACAGGAUGGAUCAGUACACUGAAGGACCUGGACCAUGAGACAGACCCUGCCUUCUCCUUCUCUGUGGUGGCUUCUGACCUUGGAGAGGCUUUCUCUCUUUCUUCCAUGGCUCUGGUCUCAGUCAAGGUGACAGAUAUAAAUGACAAUGCACCAGUCUUUGCUCAUGAGGUGUACCGAGGAAAUGUAAAGGAGAGCGACCCCCCGGGAGAGGUGGUAGCUGUUCUCAGCACCUUGGACAAAGAUACCUCCAACAUAAAUCGCCAAGUGAGCUACCACAUUACAGGAGGGAACCCCCGAGGACGGUUUGCCCUGGGCAUGGUGCAGAGUGAGUGGAAGGUCUAUGUGAAGAGACCUCUGGAUCGAGAGGAACAAGACAUUUACUUCCUCAAUAUCACUGCCUCUGAUGGACUCUUUGUCACACAGGCCAUGGUGGAAGUGACUGUUAGUGAUGUGAAUGACAACAGCCCAGUAUGUGAUCAGGUUGCAUAUUCAGCAUCUCUUCCAGAAGACAUUCCAUCAAAUAAAAUCAUCCUGAAGGUCAGUGCCAAGGAUGCGGAUAUUGGAUCCAAUGGAGAGAUACGAUACUCACUCUAUGGAUCUGGAAACAAUGAAUUUUUUCUAGAUCCAGAAAGUGGCGAGUUAAAAACCUUGGCCCUGUUGGAUCGGGAGAGGGUCCCAGUAUACAGGCUGAUUGCCAGGGCCACUGACGGGGGCGGCCGCUUCUGCCACUCUAGUGUCCUCCUGCUCCUGGAAGAUGUGAAUGAUAACCCCCCUGUGUUUUCCUCCAACCACUACACUGCAUGUGUCUACGAGAACACAGCCACUAAGGCUCUGCUGACCAGAGUGCAGGCAGUGGACCCUGAUGUUGGCAUCAACAGGAAGGUUGUGUACUCCCUGGAGGACUCGGCUGGUGGAGUCUUCUCCAUUGAUAGCUCUUCUGGGGUCAUCAUCCUGGAACAGCCUCUGGACCGAGAGCAGCAGUCAUCAUACAACAUCAGUGUGCGGGCCACCGACCAGAGUCCCGGACAAUCCCUCUCCUCUCUAGCCUCCGUCACCAUCAGUGUCCUGGACAUCAAUGACAACCCCCCUGUGUUUGAGAGGAGGGACUACCUAGUAACAGUGCCUGAGGACACUUCCCUUGGUACCCAAGUCCUCUCUGUUUUUGCCACCAGCAAAGAUAUUGGCACAAAUGCUGAGAUAACAUAUCUCAUCCGGUCUGGGAACGAUCAAGGGAAAUUUAGGAUCAACCCAAAGACAGGUGGGUAAAUGAGAAGUUCAAUAAUACUUUCUAUUUCUUCUCUCAUCCCAUCACCCUUCCCGGUGGGGUCUAUGUGUUCCUCCUGCCUUCUUUGCAAGGCCUGCAUGUGGACCUCAGUGCCCUGCUCCUAACAAUGGCCCUUCUAAAUUCCAAGCUCCAAGCAGUAGGCUUACUUGGCAAAUUCUUGACCCAUGAGUU